CUUCUGUAGGCAUUACAGCUUCCCUGGAAGUCUCAGAAAGCCCUGGGAGUAUCCAGGUGGCCCGGGGUCACACAGCAGUGCUGCCCUGUACCUUCACUACCAGCGCUGCCCUCAUUAACCUCAAUGUCAUUUGGAUGGUCAUUCCACUCUCCAACGCUAACCAACCUGAACAGGUCAUUCUGUAUCAGGGCGGACAGAUGUUUGAUGGUGCCCCGCGGUUCCAUGGUAGGGUAGGAUUUACAGGCACCAUGCCAACUACCAAUGUCUCCAUCUUCAUUAAUAACACUCAACUCUCAGACACAGGCACCUACCAGUGUUUGGUCAACAACCUGCCAGACAGAGGGGGCAGGAACAUUGGAGUCACUGGUCUCACAGUGUUAGUUCCCCCUUCUGCCCCACACUGCCAAAUCCAAGGAUCCCAGGAUAUUGGCAGUGAUGUCAUUCUGCUCUGUAGCUCAGAAGAAGGCAUUCCUCGACCAACUUAUCUUUGGGAGAAGUUAGAUAAUACCCUCAAACUACCUCCAACAGCCACUCAGGACCAGGUCCAGGGGACGGUCACCAUCCGGAACUUCAGCGCUCUGUCUUCAGGUUUGUACCAGUGUGUGGCCUCUAAUGCCAUCGGAACCAGCACCUGCCUUCUGGAUCUCCAGGUUAUUUCACCCCAUCCCAGGAGCAUUGGACUAAUAGCUGGAGCCAUUGGCACUGGUGCAGUUAUUAUCCUUUUUUGCAUUGCACUAAUUUUAGGGGCAUUCUUUUACUGGAGAAGCAAAAGUAAAGAGGAGGAGGAAGAGGAAAUUCCUAAUGAAAUAAGAGAGGAUGAUCUUCCACCUAAAUGUUCUUCUGCCAAAGCAUUUCACACAGAGAUAUCCUCCUCAGAAAACAACACGUUAACCUCUUCCAACACCUACAACAGUCGAUACUGGAGCAACAAUUCAAAAGUUCAUAGAAACGCGGAGCCGUUCCCUCAGUUUAGUGACUUGCACCAGUCUUUCUCUCUCCACUCAGGCAAUGUCAACAUACCAUCCAUUUAUGCUAAUGGGAGCCACCUGGUCCCAGCUCCACAUAAGACUCUGGUAGUGACAGCCAACAAAGGGUCCUCGCCACAGAUUGUGUCCCGGAGCAAUGGCUCCGUUAGCAGGAAGCCUCGGCCUGAGCAUACACACUCCUACACCAUCAGCCAAGCAGCACUGGAGCGAAUUGGCGCUGUGCCUGUUAUGGUGCCAGCCCAGAGUCGGGCCGGGUCCCUGGUAUAG